CCUCUUUUUAGCUGUGGCAGCCCCUGGAGCGUGCUACUGCCUGGGAGUGUGGAAGGAAAACCAGGAGACGGCAGAGUGUGAGCGGACGGGCCUGGGGUCUGCGCUGCUCCACAGCCCUCCCUGUCUGUGAAGUGUGCCGAAAGCGUCUCCACUCUGCAGCGUUGCGUCCCAGCUCCCGUCUGCCGCAGCUAAAUGACACAAAGAGACUGAGACUGAGACAAACUGCUACGAUCAUGAGUCUUUUGCUUGUGUUGGCUUUACAGAAACACCCUUGAGGUCUGCUUUGCUUCAGUGCCAGAUCCGGUGUCCACCAUGAGGGUAAAAAGAUGAGCUUGCAGCGAGCAGCCCCAACCCUGCAGUUCCUGCCACUGGACAUCUGCUGAAUCCUGUUACCCAGAAGAUGAUGUCCCUGUCUCCCAGAUAGCGAUUCUGAGGACCAGGCCUUCACAGCACUGACUGUGCACCAUGGCAGGAGAGACUCAGCAAAUGCAUACAGUCAAAGAGCUGGAUGCUGAGUCCAAACAGCAGGAUGAGGGGACGGCGCUGGAACAGCAGAGCGAUAAAACCACAAGGGCGUCUUUGGAGCACUUUUCAAGCACAGGCACUGAGGCCGGGCUCAGCACUGGAGGGGCCAAGGCUGAAAAACUAGAGAAAGAAAGGGACUGUCCUCAGCAGCGUGAAGCUGUCAUAAGGCCACAGCAGACGGGGAAGAUUGAUUUCAGUUCACUGCAGAACAGAUCAAAAUUUGUCACUGAUCGGACUUGGUCGAGCGGGAAAGUCAGUCCCCAGUCACCGAGUGGAAAGGGCCGCAGCCGGGAGAAGGGGAAGAGGUCGGGAAAAACAGAGCGUAGCAAUCCCCAGCAGCUGUACCGACUAAGCAUUACAAAUCCUCGCACCAUUGGAAUAGCCUACCCACAACAGAAGGUUCUGCCAACCAAGAAGUUGGAGCCUGGCCGCGGCCCGGUGUCGGGCAGCUACAGACUGAACGUUCCCACCAUGCCAGACAGAGAGGUUGAGCUGCAGCAGCAAGAGGUCAGCUACAGCCGCUACUUCCAGGAGAAUCCCUCUAACGUUACCUCCCCAAGCUAUACCUCACAGGCACUGGGCUCCUCGAGCGGAACAUCAUCGCACUCACACGCACCCCCGCCACAGCAACAGCCGCCGUCGAUGGAGACUAACGGCGCACCGCCUGGAAGUCAGCUGAUCAUGGCUGAGUGUCCACUUAGUGGUUCAAAUGUGUGGCAGUCUCCUGAACGGACCUAUAAUGGUGCUAAUUAUGGGGUUUCAUCACAAAAGUCCACCGCUCUGUCAGAAGCCGGUAAGGCGAGCGCCUUUGUGCCUGCUCAGUUUCAGUACGGAUAUCAUUUACUGGAGCAAUCAACCCCCGAAUCGUUUGCCUGCGAUCAGAACUCCCAAUCACAUAUCACCCAGAACCCUUUUUCCUUCUCGCCUGGAAAUGGGCAAAACACUUCUCAGAACAGCUCUCAGUUCAGCGCCGACCAUCAGCUGGAAAGAAGCUCUUAUCCCAGCCCACAGCAGCCCCAAUUUAUUCAGGGGGUGGCAUCAUCCAUCCAGCGAUCCAGAACUCUGAGUGAAGACUCACCCAGCAGUGACAGCUCGGGUUCCAGCUCACAGCAAUCAGAACAGGGGAAGACUGCUCUACCUGAGAGCUCAGACACGAGUUCUCAGGGAGAUUGUCAGGAUGCAGCCAUCACAUCUGGGAGUAAGAGAAACUGUCACCCCAAAGAUGCAGCUGCCAGCCAGAGAACACUCAUCCAGGCUGGUGUGUGCGCAAGAAACAUUUCACAGAGUCCAGGCUCCCCUAUGCACUUUCCCAGCAGAACAUUUAACACUCCUGUAGCCAACAGCGUCCGCUCGGGUUCCACGCCUUUUGAUAAAUCCGUCAACAGUAAGGUCGUGAAUAGGCUCCCGCACUCGUGGGAGGGGCCUAACAAGGCAUAUUUGACAGCGGAUCAAAACACCACUCAGUACCCUGUUAUGAAUGAGAAGUUUCAGUUCCAGAACCAGACAGCAAUGGACCACCGGCCGAAUUCGUCUAAGAGCAACAGAAUGCCCUGGCAGCAAAUACAGCCAAACUCUGCCGUUCCGUACUUUAACAGGAUCGACCCGUCAAGGCAAAUCAGCAAUCAGAAAAUGCCCUAUAUAGUCGCUCCAUCUGACUGGCAGGAUGAGAGUAAAGUGCACAAGCAUAACUCGUUCCAGGGCAGCAGAAGUGGGGACGUGCUUUCAAACCAAAGGCACGAAACCGUAAAACACAACAGCACCACCGUCUCAGCUUUCAAACUGGAAAUGAACCACGCACAGGUGUGCGAGGCCAAGAAUAAAUCAGUGUACUUUGGACUCAGUCCGACCCUUCCGACAGCUCCAUCGAGAAACUACAGCUAUCCGCCACUGCAGGUCUCACCCAUGGGGCUUUUAAAGGUGUCCCCAUAUGAGUCUCCUUUGCCAUCUCCAGUCCACAACCCUGCAUCCAGCAGUACCUGCUCCUCCCUCUCCCCGGCAUCCACCAGCCCCGUCAAUAUCAGCUCAGAAGAGAGUCAGAUGUCAAAGUCAGGCCCGCCUCAUCUGUUCUAUCAGCCACCACAGGCCAAAGCUCAGAUCCAAUCAGAUCACAUGAACACGCACUCCCACCAGGUGCAUUCCAACUCUCAACGAAGCCUUCCCUACGCGCCAGACAGAGCCAAAGACGAAACAAUGAGCUACCUGCAGAACAGCACACAUCCAAAGACAGCCAUGGACAGUAGUAAAGGCUAUGUGGAUAGUUUUGGUGUGGAGCACCACCAGCCUCCUCCUCCUUAUUCUGCACACCCGCUCCUAGCCAGCCCGCUCGCCACCGCCAAUCUGGAUCAGUUGGACGUGCUCCUGACGUGCAAACAGUGUGAUCAGAAUUUCAGCAACCUGGCAUCAUUUUUAGGCCACAAGCAGUACUGCGCUCAGAACACGCUUGCCCAGAAUGAACUCAAAGAUUUAUCCAAAAUGGAGGACAACAGAAAGUUCCACACAGAACCAGUUAAAGCAGCUCUAGCUGUGUCAAAUACUUCACUCCCAAGGUGUCCGUCGGACCUUCACCUCUCGUUGUUGGGCCUCAACAAAAAUGGAGAGCUGAUUACUGACAGUGAAGGAAAAGGAGACGGUAAAGAUGACCCGCUGAAGCUGGGUUUGUUCUCUGGUCCCGUCUCGCUGCCGGAGCUGGAGAUGGAGGACGCCAAGCUAGACAGCCUGAUAACAGAAGCUCUGAAUGGACUUGGAUAUCAGUCCGACAAUGCGGAGAUUGACAGCAGCUUUAUUGACGCAUUUGUUGAUGAUGACCUCACCACAGUCAAAACAUCAUCGAGCAAACUGUGUCUGAAAACAAAAGAACCUGCCCUUCCUGAGAGCAAAGCUAAACAAGCGGCCGAUGAAAGAACCCUCGCACAGGAAAAGUGUCACAACUUUGAUGCCGAAAGCAAAGGGAAAAUGGCUACGAGUUUACAGGGAGACCAAAAAAUUAGCAUUAAAAAAGAUGGCUCUCAUAAAAAUUCAAAACUCGCCUCCAGGGAGAAGGCGUGGGAACAAGAGAGCAAAGUGAAAGAGACGAGAAAGCCGUGUAAAAGCGUGGACAAAAACACGAGCCCACAAAGGUUUCUCCUUUCCAGCAAGUUUUCUGAGAAUUGUGGCUUAAAAAGCUUUCAGGACAGCCCUGAGCGGCGAGGGUCAGCAGCCUCGCAGGCCUCCACGUCUCCAACCUUGAGAGCCGGAGCUAAAGAAAGCAAGAGGAAAAGCACGGGAGGGGGCACCUGGAGCAAAGAGCUCAUCCACAAAAUAGUGCAGCAGAAAAAUAAACUCCACAAGCUUCACGUUAAAGGUACCAAAAAUCUGCAGUUUUCCCUGGUGAUGGAGCGGCUCACCCCAACCGUGCAGAAUCCUGCGUUUGGAGAGUACGAUUACGUCUCCGACUCGGACGACGAGUGCGAGCCCGUGAAGAUAGCGAGCCAAGGCCGUCUGAACCAAAGCAGCCGCUGUAAAUACACCUACACCAAGCAGUGUAAAUGGCGAGCGAGGAGCGAGAGAGAGCAGGCGGCGUGGAGGCACGAGUCCAAAGAGUGCUUUGAGAUGAAGAAAAGCGAGGAGCUGUCUCUCACGCCAGAGAAACACCCAAGACUGAGGAGGCGAGGCAGCAGGUCGUCCACGAGCAGUGACCUCAGCACGUCUGUGAGCCCCAAAAGCACCGACCGCACUGAUUCAGACAGCGAGAGAAAGAAAGACUUCACAGAGGAGAAGAACCAUGACAAAUCCAGCCCGCAGAAGCUCUUUAAAGAGUCCAGCACCCUCGCACUGACAUUCACAAAAUCUGUCAAGAAAUAUAAUAUCGACAAGACAAAGCAUUCCGAUAGCAAAGGAACGGCGGAGGACCCAGAGAAGUAUUCAAAUCCAGAAGCUCCCGAUCUGCUGCCAUCUCCCCGAAAAGCAAGAGAGGCAGUGAAGAACUCUCAGGCCAAAUCUGGAGACAAACCUGCGCCUGACAGAAAGGAGCGUUUCUCAGUUUCCAACGCCCUGCAGGGGAUGGAGAAACCAAACAGCGAAGAUGGACCAACACAGAACAGCAUCCUAGAGGUCGAGGUACCAACUCCUGCUAUCACCGGAGAAGCUGAUUUUAAUGUAGACAGAGACACAAAGAGGAAAACAGGCGAGGGGCCAAAAGCCGCGCAGCUCCGGCUAUCAGACGCUGCCACAUUGGAGAAACAGAGUGAGAGCGUCUGCAUGGUGAAAAAGGCAAUUAUUUUGGUCAAUGACCUAGAUGCACACAGACCCACAUCCCUUUGCACGUCUUUGAUGGAUGAGGUGUGCCUGUCCCCGACUGAAAGCCAGAGCCCACUGAUACAGAAAGAUGCACUCCACCUCAUGCCCUACUCCAUGGAUCAGGAGCACGGCCUCAUCAAAUCCCCACUUUCCUUUGACACCUCCUCCAUGUUCGGGGACCUCGCGGGCUUUGACAGCGGCCUUUACUCGGAGAUGCCCAUUCAGAAAGACAGCUUCCAUUCAGUGGAUAGCACAACUGACAAAAAGGAGGCGUUUGUCUCACCUUUUUCUCCUUUCAUGGAACAAAGAGACUGGAACCUCAUGGUCAACCCCGUGCUACGAGACGAGACAGCUCAGUACAAAGGUAUUUCCGAGAAGUCAAACGAGAAGAAGUCAGAUUAUAGUCACAUCCCGCUGUCUCUGCCGGAGAAAAUAAUCGACUACAGCGCGAGUCUCGGCACCUGUGUAUCAGAGGACGAGCUGGAGAUAAAGAGAAUAGUAAACGAGCUUGAAAAUCAGCUUCAGACGACUAAGCUGGAAAGCCCACCGCUCCUGAUACAGGAGACCCCAAAGCAGCUGCAGAUGAGCAAAUUUUCACCUUUACGAAUUGCUGACGAGCGUGAAGGGAACAGGUUGAACAUUAAAUGCUCUGAUCUAACAAUCGACUCUUCGGAGACUUUAGCCGACUCAGAACUCCCGUGGCCCAGUGCGUUCCAGUUUGACCUGGUGAGUGAAAGCCACAGCCCCCACUCUCAGAUUCACGGUGAAGCAGCGGCCCUUAAACACGAGCACCUCCACCGUGACAUAAAAAUAGGGCAGAGCGGAGCCGAGGAGGAGGCUUGCGCAGAAACAAAAGAAGACAUUUUAGAGCAAAGGAGAUACGCUGAAAAUCUCAUGAAAAGCUUGGAGGUGAUUUCAGACUCUAUCUUCCAAAAAGAACCUAUUAUAUCAGAACAUAAGGAGCCAAAUGUCAAAUCUCCCACCAGUCAACAACAUGAACAACCUGAAUGUCAGGCCCCUGAUGCAGCUGAGAGGGAAGAUUGCUGCGAGAAGGAAGCAAUUACCGUAAGGGAGAGCAUUUCAUCGCUUCCAAAUAUCAACGAGCAGAAGGAUGAAAUUGAAAUCAUUCUCGAUGAGCCGCAGUCAUCGGUCCCCAACGGCGCUGACCCUUCAUCUGGAGGCAAGCAGACAGUUUCCUCGAAGAAACGCGAGCCCGCAGAGAGCGAGGAUCGCGACGCAGGAGCCACAGUUGCAUCAGACGUCAGGUCUGCUUACUGCUCAGCUGGCGGGGAGGGACCCGAGUUAAAUCAGCUGAUUCAAAACAACAGCGAUGGCGGAGAAGGCCGCGAGGAACCAGAGGCGGCGGAGGAGAUCGCUCAUCAACCUGAAGGUCACCCCUCAUCACCAGCUCCAGCUGACCCCACUCAGGAGAUUGGCGAGAAAAUGGCAGAUGUGAUUAAAGCUGCGCUGCAGCAACAAUACGCUAAUGACAGCAACAAUCCUGAAGACAUUAGUUCAUCACAAGCUGCAGAGUCGAGAGUGGGUGAAAUAACUGAGACGUCGAAACAAGGUAAUUUGAUUGCAAUGUCUGGCUCUGACGACUCGAGCCCUUCAAAUCCAUACAGUAAAUCGAAUAUGUCAUCAGAGAUGGUUAUGAAAGAUAAGCCCUGCAGUCCUGAGCUGGUUAAAAGCAAUCCAGAAAGACGCUUCUCGCCCCUCCGUGACACCCAAUCUGCAGAGGGACAAAACAAUCUGUUGAUCCUGUCACAGUCUGACGGCAUCAUUAACGGCGAUUCCUGCAAAGUGACUCCGUUUAAUGAGCCGUUACAGACUGACACGGGCAUCGUCUUUGCUGAGGAAGAAGAGAUUCUGAAUGUUCAGGACAUCAAAGAGCAUCUUCCUGUCGAUUUCAUGGCAAGCCAGCACAACUCCCCAUGCAGAGAGGCGGCAGAAGAAAGCCGCUGCGUCUUUUUGGACUCUGCCUCGCCAGCCAGCCCUCUUUUACUAUCUCAUCCAACAACAGCACAGAAGUUUGACUUGAAAGGAGCUUUUAAUGCAAAAGAUGAAUGCGGCAAUGAUUUUCUGGACCAGCACUCUCAAAAUGCAAAGUCUCCCGCAUUAAAGGACCACGAAGAGGCAGUAAGCGCUGAUUCAUUAAAGAGCGCGGCUGAGCUGAAAUGUCCUCUGAUAAACACGCCUCAGCUGGACUUCAGCAUGAGGCCAACAUCGGAGACUGUCAGCGCCGCUCCUGUUCCUACGAGCCAUACAGCAGAACGGCCAGAGGUGACAGACGGAGUUAUAAAAGGUGAUCUGAUGUAUGAUUUAAAGCUCAGCCCCCUGAACUACAAGGACCUCUCAGAUGAGCCUCCACAGCUGAAUCAGUACAACUACAUACCGAUAUCACCUGCCAGCAAGCCUGAGGAGGCUCUUGGCACCGAGCAGAGAGCCACAGAGAGCUGCGAGUCAUGUGACCUGAGUGUUAACCCUGCACUGAUUUUUCAUCAAACUGAGACAGAAGCAACAAUGCCACUCGGCUCAGUUCCUGAAGCUAAACUACAGCCGUCCGAUGAGCCCGUGGUCCUACAGGAGAGCAUGAAAUUCUCCUGUUUCUCAUUGGGUCUCCCACCUGACAUCCCAAAGACUAACUCCUCAGCUGAUAAUGGAAAGAUAAGCCUGCAGGUAUUCCAUGAUCUCGUUCAGCCUGUUGAAGAUUUGCGCAGCCAGCCUGACCUCCUGACAAAAGCCGCAUCAGCCACUUUAGAUUCUCACAAGGCGCCUUUUGAAGACGCUACUCUUCCCGAAGAAGCCCAGCCACUCAUCGUUUGUGAGAAAGUGCCCCUCCCCCCGGAGAAGCAGCCAACAAUAGAGAGUGGCCCGUGUUCAGCAGGUCAGAAAACACACAAAGAGACAACACACAAGAAGCCGCAGAGCAGCGAUCCACAGGGCAAAGUGCUCUGUGAGAUUUGCUUCAUGUGUUUCAGAACUGUGCCUGGGCUGAAGAGACACAAGGCCAUGAAGCAUGUGAUCAGAGCUGAGAAAUGCACACAGAGCACGACGUCCAGCCAUGAGGGGACGGCGCUUAUUUAUGAAGCGCCGGUGAAAAAGCCAAAAGAUGAUUCACAGAGGUGUUUCCCAAUAACUAAAAUAGAUGGGCUGCCUGAGAUAAGCGACUCUCUCACCUCUAAAACAGCAGAGAUGGAAUCAGUCCUGGAGGAAAUGGCAACUGAGAUGAGCAGCGCGGCGGCAGAUGAACUAAGCCAUCAGAUCCCCCCAGUGCAGGCAAAGGCAAAGAAGAGCAACAAAGGAAGAAAGAACAAGAGCAGUGAGCUGAAUCCUGACCCCUUCUCUGAUGAGCUCUUGAAAAUAUUAAAAACAGACAUACUUCAAGCCAUAACCCCCGAGUUUAAAAGCAACACCCUACAGGAGCAAAGCAAAUCCCUCGAGGUAAAAACUGUUGCUGGGACAGAGGAGUUCCUUUACCGCGUCGCUGCAGACCCUGCCUUUCACAACGCAACCCCAACCCCAGCCAAAGAACCAAACGAGAUGAGUGAAACCGUGUCGCACAAUCAGUUCGGAGAGGAGAACGUGACAGAGGUGGCGUACUUAGAGACGCGUACAGAAGGACAUGUGGAAAGUGCAUCUGUAGAGAAAGAGAUUACUGGAGAUUUUGACAAGACCGAACCGAAAGGAAUGGAGGACGGCCCAGCCCAGGAGAUUCCACGAAACGUUUCAGCAGACAUAAAAUGCCCUGCCGACAAUCUAAAUCCCUUCUCCUGCAGGAAUUCCCCCCCUCCCAGUCCACCCGGCAUCAGCUCGGACUUGAGGGCCAUACUCGACGACGACACCACAUUCUCGCAGCUGUUCCCCCGAGACGAGGAAGCCAAGAGGAAAAAGUGCCCCAGGGUGUAUGGCAAGAGAAACAAAAGACUGAAGGUAUCGACCCCUUCGGACGUGGCCGCAGAUUACGUCGCUCCUGAAGCCUUCGUGCAAAAUAAAGACCAAUAUGUGGAAGCCCAAAGUGCGCAGACCAUCACUGACCAUCAAAGUAGUCGCUGUGAAUACGAGACCAUUUCCAUUGAUGAUGCCAUCAUGCUAAACAUGUGUCACAACAGCACUUUAAAGGCUGACGGCAAGUCAGUGCCGGAUGCUAAACCAAACGAUCAGCAAGAUGUCUGUGAGCUCGGCAAAAACCUGUUGAAUCCCCUCGAAAGCGCUGUCCAUGAAUCUAAAGCUGACUGGAGCUCGUCCAGUGAUUUCACCGGCUUUAGCGUCUGCCCAGUAGGGAGCUCUGAACCCAACAGCUGCAAACAUGAAGAUCCUCAACCAUCUGCUCCCUGCGUGGUAGAGCCGCAGGCCACAGAGGGUGCCCAGUCCUUCCCAACCAUCGACAUACAAAACAUCAACACCACAUUUCAGCUUCCCGAGAUACAGUUCUUUGACUCGGAAAAAGACGUCCAAGUGGCUCCCCUCCCUGAGGCUGCCGAUGUGGAUGGCAAAGAGGAUGAGAAGUCAAAGAAAGAGACGGAGCGCCGGGGCCGGAAGCGACAAGACGGAGGAAUGAAGGUCAAGGACAAGCAGUACAAAUGCAAGGUGUGUUUCACUUGGUUCCUCACUCUGGGAGAGCUGAACUUCCACAAGCUCUCCCACAAUCCCUCCCCUCCUCCCACCUGUUACAUGUGCGUGCAGCGCAAGUUCAGCUCCAGGGAGCAGCUGAGAGACCACCUGAGGGAAAAGCACGCCAAGAACAAGACGGGGAUCUGGACCUGCGGCAUGUGUCUGAAGGAGAUCUCAGACGUUUGGAUGUACAACGAGCACUUAAGAGAGCACGCCACUCAGUUCGCCAGGAGAGGCCAGGCUCAAGGCUCCAUGCUUGGCAUUUCAGGCUGCCUGAUGCAGGAAACGGCUGUGAAGAACUUUAUUUCCUCCAUCAUGCAGCAGCGGCCCAGCAAAGCCAGCAGAGCGGCAAGCAGCAAAGCUACUAAAGAACAGGAGAAAGCAGCUACAGGAGAGGGAAAAAUCUCGGAGGGGGCUGAGACGAAAGCGAACAAAACUAAAUCCGGCAGCGGAGGAGGGGGGAAACAGAGCACUUUAACCCCGAUCGAGGUCCUCCACAAAACAGAAGCACCUAAGAGUGUGGAGAUGCAUCCCAACUGCAAGGACCCUUCAAGAGACUGCCACCACUGUGGGAAACAGUUCCCCAAACCCUUCAAACUCCAGAGGCACCUAGUGGUGCACAACCUGGAGAGGAUUUUUCUGUGCCACAAGUGCCCCAUUUCCUAUCAGGAGGCCCAGGAGCUCAAAAAGCAUCUGAAGAGAGCUCACGAGGAGGUCGACGAUCUGGAUUCGAAGCACACGACUCUUUACACCUGCGAGCUCUGCGCCGACGUCAUGCACGUGAUUAAAAAGUCCUUCAUCUGCAGCACCUGCAACUACACAUUCUCCAAAAAAGAGCAGUUUGACCGUCACAUGGAGAAGCACAUGUCGGGGGGGAAUAAGAUUUUCAAAUUCAGGGGCGUCCUCAGACCUGUCAAAGCGUCUGCCUCCAAAGAAAAUGAGUGUGAUUCACCUGCGAGUAAGAAGAAAAGGCUUCUCUCUGACAGCCUGACAGAAAACAGCUCAGACAGUGGCAUCUCCAGCCUGAGCUCACUCCACUUAAAUCAGAACGCCGACACGCAGUCUUCAAAGCCCUGCGUGUCCACCGCCGACGACUCUACGCAGACCGUCCCGAAUGAAUACCGCGACAGCUCAAGCAAUGCCACUGUGAAAAUGGAGGACAUUACUGCCGACUGCUCUCAGCUGCUUGACGACUUGGAGAACUGUAUUCAUCUGAGCUCGUCUGGCUCUGCCACACCCAAGAAAGAGGAAUCCGAUGGGACUCUUUUGCCCAACCUCGAUAAAGAGGGCGACGGGAAAUCGAUUAGUGAAUCGUGCGAUGUAAAAGAAGAGCACGAGUCAGUCUGCAUUAGAACAGAGGCUACUUCGUGUACGGCGUCGAAAGAAAGUAGCAUAGUAGGGGAGGAGGGGGUGGUUAAAGAUAAAACAGAUUUGCCUCCAGCUGUUUUUGAGAACUCUUCUGUCUGCUCAACAGAAAAUCCCAUUUUUCUGCAGACACCUGAGUCUGCAGAAUUAGCCAUUGAUGAGAUGAACCAGCAGGGCGAUGAUGAGCAGGGGGAUUGCACAUUGUCUUGUAAUGACACUAAACAGCAGGCAUUAUCUCACGGUGCUGAGCAAGAAAGUAGCAGCCAGAUGAAAAAUAAUGCUGUCCCAGCCACAACGCCAGAUAACGCUAAAACCGCUGCUGGAGCUGGCUGUGCAAAGGUAAUAGAAGCAACACCAGCCCCCCUGUCCAAGGCAUCCCUUCUGGCAUCGGCUACAAGCGACAACAAGGACUUGGUGAAACCGCAGAAGAGAAGGAAGGACAUGAAAUCCGCGAACACGAUGCAGAGGGUUUCCUCAGCGGUCACGCAAGAGAACUUCGGUGUUGAUUCUAAGCCCAAAAAGAAAUUUCGGCCGAGCAAGUGUGCAAAUCCCUCCCUGCAGAGGAAGUCGGACGGAGCUAACGAGUAUCCCGUGCUCUCCUCCGUGCGGGAUGACGUCGUUAGCAACAAAAUAAAUUCCAAGUGCAAGAAUGUAAACUUCAGCUUACAGGCGAGACGGGGUCUGCUUGAAAGCUGCACGCCCAAGAAACCCGACAGCAUUACACCUCAAAACGGGGAGUACAAAGCCAAAAGGGGACCUCUUGGGAGAUCUGUGCAUUCUCCUGGGUCUAAAGUGCCUUCAGUUCCAAUAAACAAUUCUCUGAACAAGCCAAGGCCAAAGAUGGGGGUCAGGACAGUGGAGAGUAACUCCUACCGGACAGCAGAGUCCCAGAACCACAUUCUGAGUCAGCUGUUUGGUCAAAAGCUCACCAGCUUUAAGAUUCCUUUGAGGAAGGACACAUCCGAAUCUAUGAACUGAGAGCGGGGGGGUCUGUGAAUAAGAGUCUGUAAAUUUUCACACUUAUAAAUGUUUAAGACAAGUCAUUAUGGUGAAUGAGAUUGCACAGCUGUUUUCUGUGAAAUGCUAUCGUUAAUUACUUCCGUAGUCACUUUAUGUCUUCUUAUGUUCGUGUUUUUUUUUUAAUUACACAAAUGUGAGGACGAAUGGGAGAUAUGAACUGAAUCUUCCAGUUGGGGCUAAAACAUCACUUACAUAAAGGAGAUUUGAAAAGAAAAAAAAAAGUAUACUUGAAAACAAAGUAAAAUUAUGUUCUUUUAAGAAAUUGAUCUCCAUUUUUUACAGAAGUUUUUUAGCCCUUUUUUUUUAGCUAAAGGACCAAAUUGUGCCGUAUCUUACUAGGACAUUUGUGCACCUUGAGUACAUGCUUACGAACUAUACAUUUUGUAUUGUUUUUACACUUUACUGUACCGCGUUGGCAUUCAUUACUAUACGGCUUUGUAUAAACACCUUGGUGCUACGUGUUGUUUAAAUGUAAAUGUGAACGCCGACGUCCUCAGAAGGGAACAGGAGAUCUGUAGCAGUUAUAGCAUAUACAUCCGACUGUUUUUGUACUUUAUUGAACAAACUGUAUAAACCAAGUCAUUGGUGUGUAGGCUGAUUAAAAACUCACAACUUACAACAGCUUCUGGUGUAUACGUAAACUCAGGUGCUAGCGAGGACGUCAGUCCCAGGACCUGUAUUUGGAGUUAUUUCCAUGCACUGAUAAUACCACACACAAAUGACAACUCGUUUAUCUGUGUCUGUAACUCCAAAUGUUUAAUUAUUAAUAGUAUUUACUAGGACAACAAAGGUGCUUUAUCUUGUUUAUACUGUAUGUACCUUCAUUGUAUAGUAUUGUAGGUAGGAUAUUGUUUGAUGUAAUGCUUCAUGACAAAGUUUUAUUUUAAUAAUUUGCAAAAUGAAUGACAUUGAACAGAAAGGGAAACUGCCUCUUGCAGGUUGUAAAGUGGUUCACUAAAGUGCCUGUUUUACAGUUUGUUAUUAAAGAUCUGUAUUGGUC